AUGAGAUCAGACCAUUCUCUAAGAGCAGUCGGGAAAAAGGACAACCGAAAAAAAGAACUUUUAUCUGCAUAAUCAUAUAGUUUAGGCACCCUGUCUCAUCUUAAGCUGUACUUUGUUUUCUUUACCUCUACGUAUCUAACACGCUGAGCAUUUAUUCUAACUAAACUAAAAAUUGACCCUUGGUUUCCUUUUUAACAUAUUUUAGCGUGUAAUAGAAGAGUAUUCAACAUCACGGAUAGAAAUAUGGCCACCACCACCAGUCGCAACCAUAACAAAAGCUCGCCGUCGUUCUGUCAAAGCAAAACGUCCAUCUCAGUCUCAUUUUGAAGUGUCAAAAUCCAAACGACGUACUCCUGUGAAAUCUGUUGGAAAAAAUUCAGCCAUUACAGUUUCAAUUAUAACCACUCCAAAACGUUCUGAUAAUAGUCCAAAAAGAAAAUUAUUCUCAUCUCCAGUAACGAAUGAACGAGAUGAUACAUCUAGUCGAUCCUCAACGACAGUUCAAGAAGACAAUGAUGACGAUGAUGAUUUAACCAUUCGUUCAGAUAACGAUGAUAUCAUCUGUGGUUCAGAUGUACUUGACGAAAAUAAUGAGGUAACAGAUGAUUGCUCAGGAGAAGAGUGGUGGCCUCCAUCGAUGAAUAAUGAUGAUACACCUGAAAUUGGUACACAUGUUUUUGCUAAAUGGACUGAUUCUCAUUUUUACCCUGGUAUUGUGAGCGAUGUUAUGGGCAAUAAAUUUUCAAUUGAAUUCGAUGAUGGUGCAAGGCGACAAGUUAAAUUAAAUGAAAUUAUUUGUCGAAGUUACCUUGAACCAAAUCAGGAUGUUAUGGCACAAACACAAGAUGGAUAUUUUGAUCAUGGAGUAAUUAAACGACUAGUUAAAAAGAAAAAUGGAAAGCUCGGUUAUGUUGUUGAAAAGCAUGGCCAUGAAAAAUGGUAUCCAACGCGUAAGAUCAUGUUAUCAAUGGAACAAAUUGGCCAAUUACCGAAUACACCAAGAACGCCUCAAGCAGAAAAUGCUGAUAAUAUUACGAGCCAAGGAAAACGCAAACGGACAUCGUCUGCAACGCAAAGUUCAAUAAACAAGAAAUCAAAAUCUUCAUUAUCGCCGAAACGAGCUGGUAAAGUAAUUAACUGUUUAUUUAAUAUUUUAUUUGUUUUAACGUAUUGUGUUUUUCGAUCUUUUGAGUUUAUACACCACCUCGAUCAAAAAAGCUAUUUAAUAAUAUGCACUUCAUCAUGACCGGAUUCAGCGGUAAUUUAUAACACAAAGAUAAUUUCUCUCUGAUUGAACAUGUCUUUGAAAAAAGUUUACUUUCUAGAUUUUUUACCAUUACGUGAGAAAAUAAAAAAAUUAAUUGAAAAUCAUUCAGGAAAAGUGAUCGAACAUUUGCCUAGUUCGGUAAGACUAACAAUAGAACAUAUUACAAAUGUAACUGUGAAAUUCGAAUGAGCUAUACGGUGUCUAGUAGAGUCCCAUGUACUGAUUUCAAUGAUGACAUUUUUAGAUGCCAUUGAAAUAUCGUUGCUGAGCUAGUGUCUAUUUUUUUCUUGUAUAGUCAAUAAAUACUCAACAUUUGGUCGAUCACAGUUUUUUGGUAGAUAUUAGAGCUCCGUAUGAGUCCAGUCCAGUUCAGUCUAAAAAGCAGUUUUUUCAGUCCAUGAAAUCUAAAAAAGUAGUCUAUUUCAGUCUACAAUACAAAAAUAACAUGUUUUUUUACUGAUUAUUCCUCGAUUCAACUGAAUUCAAAACUUUUUAUCGAGUCCAGUCUGAGUCCAUGAGCUCAACAAAUUUUCAAUUCAGUUCAUACGGCGCUCUGGUAGAUAUCCAUCGAGACAACUCAUGUGAUAUACAGUUUUGUAGAGAAAUUCUUCAACUACAAUCUGAUUUAUUUUGGACUUGGUUUUCUGACUUGUUGUCUUUGAGAAAAUUGUGAUUAAUCGAACAUGUGUAUUUUUACUAUUUAACAUAAUUAUUUUUUGCCUUGGAGGCCGAUAGGUAUAGAUAUUUAAAAGUUUUUUAAGCACAACAAAUACAUAACACAGAAUGGAAUAUACCAGCAGAAAGUAUUGCAAUUCUCAACAAAAAGGCUUAAUAGAAAUAUGUUGUUGUUUUUGCUCACUUGCAUAAAAAUAAACGAAACAGUUAUGAAAAUAAUCUAAUAUGUGCUAGUUUUUCAACGUAACUUAGACGUUGUAGUCAACAGUUGAUCGACUGAGGGACAGUGUAUUUUUGGAAUAAUAAAAAAAUUUAAUCAGACAUAUUCUACAUCUUUGACCGAGAGAUAUAGAGAAUAAAGAAUAUAAUUUGAAAUUAUUCUCUAUUAUAGAGUCGCCGUGAUAAUUGUUAUUUGAUUAGUGAUAUGGUACAAAAAACAGAAAAAUUUCUUAAUGCAACAAAAGCAAAUGUACCACGCGUUAUGUACAAAUGGAUUAAUGACUCGGUGAAUAAUGUAAGCUAAUUUUUGUUUAAAUUCAAUACACUUUUAAUGACAUGCAUAAGUACGCAGAUGUUAAAAGAUUACUUUGUUUUUAGGGUGAACUUUUAGAUCACAAAUUGUACCAUCUGUCACCAGUUCUAGACGUCUCUAAUGAAUAGAUGAAAUACACUGUUAUCUAAUAAUUUUUGUUUUUCCAUUAUCUUUUUUUUUUACUUGUUAAAUAAAUUGUCUGUAUAUUGUUAUUUUCUUAUUGGUAAGAAAAUCUAUGAUAUUCUCUAGAUUCAAGUUUAGAAAAUUUUUUUCUUGUUAUUAUCUAUUAUAUUUUCACAUUUAUGUAAGGACUACUAUCCAUUUCAAAUUAAAAGUCAUCCCACGAAUUUUGGAAUAACGUUUGAAAGAAAAGAGAUAGAGACAUCCGUUUUUUUUUAAUUUGAAAUAAAUAGUAGUUCACUCUCAAUUUAUUUUUUUAUUUUUUGUGUUUUUCUAAUCCAUUAAAUGCAAGAGUUUGUGUAUCAUGUAGUUUCUCUUUUCUUCUUAAUGAAAUGUUUUCGCUGGUAGUAACUAUAAAUUACAUUUAUGUUAAAUUAGCCACUCAAAAGUUUACUGUAAAGUAAAACUAACAAUGAAUUCUAUUUAAUUUAGAAAAAUCUUUUGCUACCAGGACUCCCUGCAAUGGUGUGCUUGUAUGCGUCAAUUGUGUAAAUUACAAAGGGCACCAUCGUGCAUUAAAUGAUUAGACAGAUCACGGACAACGAACCUAAAAUCUGUGACAAUCUCCUUUAGAUUGAAUCAACAUUCCAUUGAUUCAUGUGGGCAAUCUAUCUGUUUUCAAUAUAACGCUUGGCAUAAUAUUUAGACCUUUAAUCGUUCUUUUCAUUCUUUUACAUUUUUGUUGUAGAAUCACUUGGCUAAAAAACACUAUCAAACACUACUUUAAAUGAGUUACGUAUUCUCUGAAUGUACGGUUUAGUAAAAAAAGACAUUUAUUUUCUAUUUUUCCAGUCCAUUAUGUCAUAUAGACUUAAUAAACUGCAGUAAUGCAUUUUUCUCAUUUGACUCGAGCAAGAAACCUUUCGACGAACUUUUAUCUCUUUAUUCCUUCAUUUGGCGCAAUGUACAUUGAACAUCUUCCGAUAAGCGACAAUGCGAAUAGUACACU